AUUGGCCGCGGCCCGGCCCGGCGGGCCCCGCGGCGGGGAGGCGCCGUACGGGCCGCGGCGCUGAGAGGAGCGCGGCGCGGCGCCGCCUGCGCUGCGGGCCUGGAAGAUGGAGUAUUCAAAUAAAAUGUCACAGAAACCUUUGCGAGCAAAAAAAGCCAUGACUCCAAGUAAUGGAAAGCAAGUAGAAAAGACAAACAAAAUAAAGAAUGCUUCAUCAGAGGAGAAGACUGUGUAUGGCUUGCAAACUAAGGAUCAUUCUCUUCAGCCAAGUACCUUAGAUAUAAUCUGUAAAAGUAAGGAUUAUGUCAAAAUAAAAGUGUUUUCUGAAUCAAGUGCAACUUCAGUACUGUCUGAAAAAAAAUCGUCAGUGAUUCUACCAAGACUUAGCGUUAGCUCGGUAGCCAACAAGGAACAUCGUUAUGAUAUAAAGGUUGAUCAGAAUGUUAGUCAAGAAGAAUGUCAAGAUCCUGUGUCUGAUAUAAUUUGCAACAAAAAUUCAGAUGCAAAGCAACUUUUAAAUGCCGGAUGUUUAAAAGUUAUACUUCAUAAAUGGUAUGAAAAUGGUGUAAACACAGCGCCAUCGGAGUCAGUCAAAGUGCGUUUGUGCCCAAGCCUGAAUGGACUGCCCACUGAUCAGUUAAAAGAGAGCGCUUUUGAGGCUGACAGUGAUAGUAAGGGUAAGAGAACUAACAGUGGCAUUCCCAUCCUAGAAGAGAUGGGCAUAAAACCUGGAACAAAGCCUGCCAAAAAACUUGUUCCAGUGUUAAAAAAAAUUGAUGAAACAGAUGCUUCAAAACAGAAAAAAGAAAACUGUGCUGCCUUAGUUACUCCCAUGAAGACUACAAGAGACGGAAACACUGCUCUGUCAGGGGAAAAAGUGUCUGGUGGCGAUGAUAGUUCAAAUAUUUUUGAAGAUGAUGAAAUUAUGCUGCCGGAUACGUUGUGUGGGUCUAGUGUAGAGAACACUCAAAGGAAGAGGGUGUGCUCAGGAAGCAAGGAAAAUAUCCAGUGUAAACGUGUUAAGAUUUCUGAUGAAACCAAGAAAAAGAAUAUUUGUACAGUGUCAAAAAAGGAAGAAGACCUUUUGGGGAAGAUCAAACUUAUGAUUCGUGAGCGGAUGGAGAUUUUAAACAGUGACUUCUUUAAUCAUAAACUGGAAGGUUUAAGUGGAAGAGUUGAACAGGCACAAUGCUGGAAAAAACAUGAAGAACUAGCUAUAACAUUCCUAAAAAAAGUAUCAAAACUUGAGAGACGUAUUAAUGCUGUGAUAGCAUUUCAGAAGAAAGUGUUGUCAGAAAUGGCUGUUCAUCAGACAAGGCUUCCAAGUGCAGACUCCCAAAAUACAAUUCUAAACCAGCUUGGAUCCUCUGCUUCCUUUUCAAAUACCAUAAAUACACAACAAAGUUGCUCAAGUAAACUUUUACCGUCAUCUCACACUGGUUUCACAUCAGCAUGUGUUUCAGAAGAUGCAAGCUCUGAUGAAGUCAUACUGAUCUCUGUGGAAGGCCAAAAUUUAGCAACUGCAAAUAAUUCAGAUAUUCCAAAUAACCAAAUAUCUACACAAGCAGAAAUGUCAGCAACGGCUCAGAGUGAAAUAAAAGAAAGAAAACUUGAAGUGAUUGAUCUAACAGAGGAAGAAAAGCACAAUUCUAGCAAAGGCAGAACAGAAAAAGAUCAGAAAUCUGUAUCACACACAAGGAAUUCAAAGCCAGUGUGCCUCAGUUCAGCUUGCUUAAAGCUAACAGCAGAAACAUCAGAUGAGGCUUACAAGCAGUUUCCACAUCUUCCUCCGCUGCCAAGGAUCCCUCCUUGUCCGGAACUCACUGAAGAAUUCAGAGACACUGUCCCUCCUCAGAAGCCUGAACUAAAAGUGGCUCAGGUGCAAAAUCCAAAGGGGAUUGCACUGUCAUGGACCGUUAAGGAAAUGGAUCCAAAGUGUGCUCCCCUAGACAGUUAUCACCUGUACCUGUUCCAUGAAAACCUCAGGAACGCUUCUGCAUCACGUUGGAAGAAAAUAGGCAAAAUAAGGGCUUUGCCACUUCCAAUGGCUUGCUCUUUAUCACAGUUUACUAUCCCAAAGACAUACUACUUUGCCAUUCAGUCAAAAGAUAUAUGUGGACGUUAUGGACCGUUUUGUGAUAUAGAGUCUAUUACCUUAAGUCUUUAAAAAACUCUUGAAGACCCAGACUACCUCAGCAACUGGUCUGUUGUUGUUUCAGUGGAAAGUACUACAUUCUUACUUGCAGUGAGUUUUGAGUCAAAGCACUAUUUGUACUGCAGACAGUAUUAACUUCCUUAUGUUUCCUACUUGUUACAAUCUUAAGUUAUGAACUUUAUUCCAUUAAUUUUGUAAGCUUCCUUCUACAGCCUUAGAGAUGAAGAGGUUUUUUUAAAACUUACUUCCACGUUUUACUUUCUUGCAUCUUUAUUAUUACAUUGGAAGGGAUUACUGGAUAUAUGAAAGAAUUGAAAAUUAUAAUAAAAGUUUCCUCAUUAU